CUCUGUCGCUCCCAUAUAUUGUAAGUUCCUUCCAUGCACAUAUGCACCAUUGCUUCAUAAGGACAGUGAAACUGCAUUUGUUGAGAAAAUCGAUAUUGAGAAAAUUGGGAGAACAUGAAGAUAAAAAAGAAGAAAGCAGAAGUAGUGAAGGCCGGAGGUUAAGAGGGGAAACCAGCUUCUCUCUGAGGAAUCCGGAAACACAGCCACAGUCGCAGAGCGCAGCGUUAUCAGGAUGAUGAGGAACUGACAGAGCAGCGGACCAUGAACUUAAAUGUGAGCCAGGGCAACCAUUCUGCUAAGUGCAUCCGGGACACGACAGUGACGUCCGUGGUCUUCCCGUGCCUCUACAGCAUGCUCUUCCUGGCCGCUCUGGUGUUCAACUGCUUGGCCGCCUGGAUCUUCUUCCAGAUUCCAAGCUCUACCACCUUUGUGGUGUACCUGAAGAACGUGGUGGUGGCCGACCUCUUGAUGACUCUCACUGUGCCCAUCAAGGUUCUGGCUGACACAGGCUUGGGUUCAUGGCAGGUGAAGUUCUUCUACUGUCGCUACUCGGCCGUGCUCUUCUACUCCUCCAUGUACAUCAGCAUCCUGCUCCUGGGCCUCAUCAGCCUGGACCGCUACCUGAAGAUCGUGCGACCCUUCGGCAAGUGCGUCAUGCAAAGGGCGAUCUUCGGCAAAGUUCUGAGCGUGGCCGUGUGGGUGUUGAUACUUUCGCUGGCGCUGCCAAACACCUUGCUGAGUGACCGACCGCCAACACCCUCCUCAAACCUCAAAUGCAGCUCUCUCAAAGGCCCGGCCGGACUUUAUUGGCACGAAGGCUACAAUUACUUUUGUCAGGCACUGUUCUGGGGCACGCUGGCACUUAUGGUGCUAUGCUACACGUUCAUCAGCCAGCGGGUAUACGAAUCAUACGUGAGCUCCCGCAGCCGGUCCGACUCCGCCGCAAAGCGCACCAAGGCCCGGGUCUUCGUGGUAGUAGGCGUGUUCUUCGUCUGCUUUGCGCCCUUCCACUUCACCCGUGUGCCUUACACCCUCGGCCAGACCCGUGCCGCCCACACCUGCGCCGUGCAGCAACGCCUGUACGUUACCAAGGAGACCACUCUCUGGCUCUCCGCCACCAACAUCUGCCUGGACCCACUCAUCUACAUCUUCCUGUGUGGAAGGUUCCGCAGGAAGCUGAUUGGUGCCAUGAGAGGAAAGUCCGCACCUAUGGGUGUGACUGACUCCGCGACCGAGAGCGUCCCACGUCUGGAGAUGUCAGUCAUGUAGACAAAAAAUAAAGCUUAGCUGGUACCUACAUAUUUCAUAAUCUUUCUUUGAAAUAAAUCUUUUAUUUUUAAUCAGAAGAUCUGAUGUAUAAUAUAUGAUUAUCACCUUCAUUGCGGCCACCAACGUCACCAUCACCAGCAGAAACAGCACAUCAUCCUCUCCAUUGUCAUCGCCAUCAUUCAUCAUCACCGUCAUGAAUGACGUCAUGAUGCAGGGGAAGGACUCUCCUUCCCAAACAGAUGAAAGCUGAGCUGUCAGUAUUGUGAGCCUGCGGGUGUCCAAGCUGACUCAUUAAAUAUUCAGAUACUGCUCUUACAGAAACAUAUCGAGCUGUUUAAUUUGGACAUUAUCACAUUUGAUGAGUUAUUUUCUAAACUUGGUUACAUUUUUUGUAUAUUUGUAGCGUACUUUUUAUGUGGCAUACUAUGCAAUACAAUUUUAUUAAAAGAUAUCCUUAGGAUGACUGUUGUCUUCUUCUUCGCAAUGGCAAUAAUGAGACAUUCAAUGCUAAUGCUGUCAUUUGUGCAUUGUGCCAUCUUGGUAGCAGAAUAAAACACUCAAAGGA